AUGCCGUCGGCUAGGCUCCUGGCGGCGCGGCGAGGAUUCGAUGCAGUUUUUUGGUUGGUGGGGAAGGGUGGCCUGGCAGAUUGCACGGACGUGCUCAGGGUGACCGUUCCCAAGAUCAAGGACGAGGAGCGCAAGGACUUGGAUAAGGCGUACCCAAGGGAUUUCUUCCAGGUGGGGAGGGUCAGGGUGCAGCUCAAGAAAGAUGACGGCUCCCCCGUCAAUCCUGCUAUUAAAACAAGUAAGUGCCUGAACUGCAUACUUGCUUUCACCUAA